AUGUGUUACCAAGUCGUUGAGCGCUACUCAGUCUGUCGUUGUCUUUACCACAAGCAUGCAAUCGAUCAGUGUGAAGAACACGGCGAACCCUCCCACACGACACAGGAGAGAACAGUUCUCGUCGGCUAUGCUUGCAGCUUGCAUAGUACCAGCAAG